AUGGACAAUGAAAGUGUGGUCAAUAAUAUGUCAACAACAUCUUGUGAUGGUUUGGCAGACAUUUCCAAAGCAAUGUUUCCUGGGACAUUUGUUGAUACUAACUUUUCAUUAAGCCGUACCAAGUUAUCGUAUUUAAUCACAUAUUGUCUAGGUCACCAUUUUAGAAAAAUGUUAUUGGAUGAAUGUCAGGCUUGUUACUACACAAUUAUUUAUGAUGAGACCACUAAUUUUGAAGGCGUAAAAGAGUUACAGUGUGCAAUAAGGUAUUCGUGUGAUGAUACAAAAGGAGUAAUUGUUCGUCACCUUGAAACAUUUUUUAUUGGUUCAGCGGCUGGUUUGAUUUAA